AUGGCCGAAAGUGAAAACGAGAAGAAAUCUGCAGGCUCAAUCAGGGCCGCAAUAGAGAAAGAGAUCCGAACGAUGGACAAUCACACCCACUGGCGCUGUCGCGCGGUCACCGUGAGUCCAAGAGACCCCAAUCGGAUCAGGAUCGCGUGUCGCGAUGAAGCCGAGCACCAGCUGGUCAAGAAAGUGGCGGAAGCAAAGACUGGGAGAGGAGUUCGGGUGCUGCGGGAUGAGCUCUACCCGAUCAAGGUCAACAGUGUCAAGAGGGCUACGGUAUUGGAUGGGAACCAUGACGUCCUGGCAGGAGCAGCUGAAGCCAUGAGUGAGGAAAAUGACACGACUGUCGCCAAGAUCAAAUGGCUUAGCACCAAGGAGGCCGCGAAGCCAUAUGGGUCAAUGGUCGUUUACCUCACCAAAGGCACUGACGCGCGGAGGCUCCUGGCCGACGGAUACUUCCACGUUGGAGGAGAAUCCGGGACAACCAGAGUCUUUGAACACCGACCACGUCCGGUGCAAUGUUACAACUGCCAGGAGAUUGGUCACAAGGCAUUCCAAUGCGAGAAGACCCAGAAGUGCGCAAAAUGCGCCACAGAGGGUCAUCAUCACAGUCGCUGCAAUCAGGAGGUUCCAAAGUGUGUUCCAUGCGGUGGGCCACAUGAAUCGCUUAGUAAGAAUUGCUGGAAGCUCUACCCACCACGCCAUGAAUAA